AUGGGAUCCGCAGACAACCUCAAGAUCUUCUCAGGCGAGCUCCCGUCUCCCUCUGCGACCCGCUCGUCCUGCUCGGACAUCGCACCCGCAACUCGCACAGCUCAUCGCUCGCAGGCUCGGACUCCCUCUCGGCAGCAGCUCCAUCGUCACCCUUCCCUCCGGAGAGCUCUCGGUCACCUUUCACGAAUCGGUGCGAGAAGCGGAUGUCUACAUUGUCGCGACCGCGGGAGGUAUGGAGACCAGCUCGAACACGGCGUUGAUGGAGUUGUGCAUCAUGGCGCACACUCUCCGGAUAGCGUCGGCUCGUCGCAUCACCGCCGUUCUCCCCCACUUCCCCUACGCCCGCCAAGACAAGAAGGACAAGUCUCGCGCGCCCAUCACCGCCAAACUUAUCGCCAACAUGCUUGUCGAGGGCGCAGGCAUCGACCAUGUCAUCACGAUGGACUUGCACGCGAGCCAAAUCCAGGGCUUUUUCGACAUUCCCGUAGACAACUCUACGCCGAACCGACGAUGCUGCAAUACCUCCGCGACACGAUGGGCAAGGAGGUGCAGAACUCGGUCAUCGUCUCGCCUGAUGCGGGUGGUGCCAAGCGCGCGUCGUCCAUGGCGGCCGCUCUCGACCUCGAUUUUGCCCUCUUCCACAAAGAGCGCAAAAAGGCCAACGAGAUCGCGCGCAUGGUCCUCGUCGGCAACGUCCAAGACAAGACCGCGAUCCUGAUCGACGACAUGGCCGACACGUGCGGUACCCUCGCGCUCGCUGCCAAGCACCUUCUCUCCAAUGGCGCGAAGAGGGUCGUCGCGCUUGUUACGCACGGCAUUUUGAGUGGACCGGCGUUGAAGGUGUUGAAUGAGUCGCCGUUGGAGAAGCUGAUCGUGUCCAACUCGAUUCCUCAAGAGGAGCACAAGCGCGGGUGCCCCAAACUUCGCGUCAUCGACAUCUCGCACGUCCUCGCCGAAGCCGUCCGCCGGAGUCACCACGGCGAGUCGGUGUCGCAGCUCUUCACGGUCGUGCCCUGGACCGAGGCUCUCGCCGACGACAGCUACCCCGUCUCGCCCACUCCCAAACCCGCCAUCCCUCCCGCCGUCCUCCAAAAUAUCCACGGCGCCUACCCUAUCACGCCAACAAAGUCGGCGUAA